ACCAAUCAUCUCUCUUUUCCCCCUAUUUCUCUCGACAUGAUUUAACCCCCCAAUAAAUCUCUUCAAAAAUCUGCAAAUCCCAUAUUUGAUUUCUGUAUUUAACCUCUAAAUCCUCCGCCAUUGUUUGCCACUGCGCGGCCGCCGGUUUAUUCUCGCAUUUCCACCUCACCUUGAUAAAACGCCGAAUCACAUUAAUACAGGAGGAUUUAUCAGUAGAUUUUUCCUCUUCGGGUUUGGAUUUCAAAAUUUCGAUUAAUUCUCGCAAUGUUAUGCGGGAAAAGUCCGGUUAAAGGGGGCGGUGGAUCCACGGCGGCUGUGUAUCUCAACGUGUAUGAUCUCACCGCCAUCAAUGGCUACGCCUACUGGCUUGGCCUCGGCGUUUAUCACUCCGGUGUUGAAGUUCACGGAGUGGAGUAUGCAUUCGGAGCUCACGAGUAUCCAAGCACAGGAAUUUUCGAAGGAGAGCCGAGGCAGUGCGAGGGAUUCACAUUUCGAAAGUCUAUCUUGAUUGGAUGGACUGAUAUGAGCCCUACGCAGGUGAAAGUUUUGAUGGAGCAACUUGCUGAGAAAUACAGAGGAAAUGCAUACAAUUUGAUCAGCAAAAACUGCAACCAUUUCUGCAAUGAUGCCUGCAUCAAACUCACCUCCAAUCCCAUCCCAAAUUGGAUCAAUCGCCUUGCCAGAAUUGGUUUUCUUUGCAAAUGCAUCAUACCAGUGAACCUAAACUCCACAAAAGUAGGACACAACAACAAAGUGCAGGACAAUGUUGGUGAAGGGGUGAAGAAGAAACUCAAAAGCAGCUCAAAUUCAUCAUCUUCUUCAUCCUCCCCUCCUCCUACCGUGGCUGCAGCCAGCAGAAGCUCAUUGCUGGCAUCGUAGCCUCAUCCAGUGGGGUUCUUGAGUUGAAUACAAACUAGAGGUCUCCAACAGCUAUAGCAAAUAUUGAAAGAGGGGAAAUGUAUGUUCAAUAUCGAUUCUUUGUGAUCUUAUUAUAAUGCUGAAUGUGACAGCCCUUGUAAACUUUUCAUCUCCCCCACAAAGCUCUGUAUAUUUACACACCACACACAAAAAGGGGCUUUUGCCCUUCUUCUUCGACGCGAGUUUAGAUGAUCUGCUCUCGUGUUUAAUUUCAUUAAUGGACGCUUUUCGUACUAUGAUAUAUAACAAGAGCUAUGGCUUAGAUCAAUGGCUCUCAAGGAUUUGCACUGUGUUCUCACUUGUAACUACUUUCAUCUCAAUCAAGGCACCUUUUUUGAUUUA